AGUCAUUUCCUGCCCCUCCUCUUGUAGGGAGAGGGUUGUGUGUGGUUUUUUUAGGGGUGUUGCUGUUCAUUGAAUUGUUUCGUGGUGGAGAUCAGCGCCUGCGGAGCCUCUUCGCUCAAAGAGGAUUUAGGAGAGAAGAGCCGAGGCGGGGAAGCAGGAAGGCAAAAGCACCCCCAAGAUCUGAGGAGAGCUGGUCGGGGGUUGCAAACUUGCAAAAGGUGCACUUAUUUCUUGACACCUCCCACGUGUGUUUUUGGAACCCGCCCAGUUUUCGGUGUCCGAAAUCUGUUUAAAUUAUUUUUAAUUCUGGAUUUUAAACGGUUGUAACCUGUCCUGCUACUGAAGGUGCUGUUGAUGGACUGGGCCGCUACCUUCCCCGAGGCAGAGGAUGCUCCUUCAGACAGUGCACAGAGGCUCAUGUCCCAGGGAGUCAAGCAGGAGGAUGGCCAAGAUUCGCUGGUAGGAGGACGCUGGGAGAGGGAAAACGAAGGCGAACCAGGAGGAGGGUCUACAAAAAUGGAAGAUCUAGACGUGGAUGUCAGCACCAGUACUCAAGAUGAAGCCACGAGGCAGCAAGGCAGGAAAACGUCCACCAGAGAUAAGCGCAGGAGUCCGUCCAACGCCAGCAAAGACGGGGAGGCCCACAAAACCCCAGCCCAAGUAGAUGUGCAGGAGGAAAAGAGAAGGAACAAGUGCCCUGUGUGCGGGAAGAUGUUUUGUUCUAAGUCACGCCUUAACGUACACCAGAGAAUCCACACCGAGAAGAGGCCCUAUCAGUGCUUUGAGUGCGGGAAGGGUUUCAGGCAGAGCGGGCAUCUCUCUCAGCACCAGAGGAUGCACACGGGAGAAAAACGGUACAAGUGUUUGGAGUGUGGGAAGAGCUUCAGCCAGAGCACCUAUUUUAUCCUCCACAAAAUAACCCACACGGGAGAGAAGCCGUUUACGUGCCUGGAGUGCGGCAAGAGCUUCAGUCACAGCAGGCGGCUGACCAUCCACCGUACCAUCCACACAGGGGAAAGGCCGUACAAGUGCAAGGAGUGCGGGCAGAGCUUCAGCCAGAGCACGCACCUUACCUCUCACCAGAGAAUCCACACCGGGGAGAAGCCCUACAAGUGCCAGGAGUGCGGGAAAUGCUUCAAUCAGAGCACGCACCUCACUUUGCAUCGAAGGAUCCACACCGGGGAGAAACCUUACCAGUGUCUGGAGUGUGGCAAGUCCUUCAGCCAGAGGCCGCACCUUACUUUGCACCGGAGAAUCCACACGGAGGAGAAGAUGUACAAAUGCUCAGAGUGCGGGAAGAGCUUCCAUCGAAGCGACCACCUGACCUCGCACCUGAGAGUGCACACGGGAGAGAAGCCGUACCAGUGCUCACAGUGCGGGAAGAGCUUUAGCCGAAGCGCAAUCCUGACGAAGCAUCAGAUAACCCACAAAGGUGGAGAAACUCCCGUGGGAACAGAUGAAGGCUCUGUCUGAGCGUUUCCUGAGAAAUUCCGGCCGGUUGUGACGCACUGCUGUUCCAGUUGUGGUGCUGCUCCAGAGAGAGGGUUGACGUGUGAUUAUACUGUGCAGUGGUACCUCGGGUUACAGAUGCUUCAGGUUACAGACUCCGCUAACCCAGAAAUAGUACCUCGGGUUAAGAACUUUACCUCAGGAUG